AUUGACGCCUUGGUGGAGGACUUGGAAAAGUUUUGUAGGGAAACAUUCCAUAGGAGGCUGCGCUCCGAGUUCAAGGCUGUGAUGCCCCCAGUCAAUAAGAAGCAUUUGGAUGGGCUUGAUAGAGUCUUCUGCUUGCCGAAAUUUAUGCCUGUUGAGCCGGAAGCAUUCAAGGCGGAUAAGUUUCAAAACGCUCUACUUCCUGGUGACCUUAAGGACAGGCAGUCCCGGGAUGACUUCAUCUCGAGACUAAAGACAACUAUACGCUGGCGCGAGUGUGAGGAUAAGGAGACCGGCGCAAUGUACAAAGAGUCCAAUACACGCAUCGUGCUCUGGUCCGAUGGCUCGCAGACUCUUCACAUUGGCGCACAGGUCUUUGAAUUGAUCAGUCACCCCAUGCCCAUCGGGAAGGAUCAACUGUAUGUGCGCCAGAACAGCCACCUUUACAUGGUAGGUCCGCUCAGGGAGAAGAUAACCGUGCAUUCCCAGCACGAGCCGGAGUUUGGCCAGACUCAGGAGCAGAGUCUGCGUAAUCGCUCCGCAUUUCAGCCGGUCAAAAGCUGUGUGAAGGGACUAAUGGAUCUGAGCAUUAAUCCGGUGCUUGAUCGCGAGCGCAAGACUAAAGAGGAGCAGGCCCAGCAGCGCCGAGGAAAGUCCGAUAAUAAGAAUCAACGCAUUCCCAAUGUGAAGCCAACGGCUGCACCGGCCUCCAAAGAGGUUUUGCAGCCGGAUGAUCAGGCGUCUCUUAAGCCUUUGCGUCCUCCGAUCGAGCAACCGGCAGGCCUUCGCACCAAGGAGGAUGAAGAGGACAGUGACAGCGAUGUACAGGAGAAGGAAAAAGUCGGCACAGGUUUCAAUAAAAAAUCGAAUGUGAAUCAAGUGAAGACCAAUCCCAAGCGCAAAAGAGACAUGCUUAGUGACUCUGAAUAA